UCUGCGUUUGAGCGAGUCACGUGACACGGCAGUAAAUAUCAGGAGAACUAGCAGACAUAGGGUAUGUAUCUUAGCUAUUUUCUGACUUAGCCCACUAAACCAUGUCUUAGCGUCUUUUAUUUAGACUAAAGUCCAAGGUGUGGGGUGAGUUUUGUUAAGCAAUGAGCCGACAGCUUCAUUCUGUAUUUUAAGAGAGUCUCGUCUACUUGGGUUAAAUCAAACCUUUGAUGAGUUAGCUUCUCUUAGCUUAGCAUCACAGGAUAGCAUCACGCUACCAAGCUGAGUUAGUGCGUAACGCUCACGGUGACUAUGCAAGGGGAAACUGCGGCUCUACGAAUCACGGAGAACGAAGGCAAGCUGGAUGCGUUUCCCCAGAGCAAGACUCAAAGCUCGGGGAGAGCAAGUGCCAAAGGCUGGCAGUACAGUGACCACAUGGAGAAUAUUGAUGGCUACUUGAUGAAAUAUACCAACCUUGUGACAGGGUGGCAGUAUAGGUUCUUUGUCUUGAACAAUGAGGCAGGCUUAUUGGAGUACUUUGUCAAUGAGCAGUCACGGCCUCAGAAGCCCCGUGGGAUGCUCCCCCUGGCAGGGGCCGUCAUCUCCCCUAGUGACGAGGACUCGCAUACCUUCACUGUCAAUGCCAUCAGUGGGGAACAGUACAAGCUCAGAGCCACUGAUGCCAAGGAGAGACAACACUGGGUGAGCAGACUGCAGAUCUGCACACAACAUCACACAGAGGCCAUGGGGAAGGGUAACCCUCCAUCCAAAUCUAGGACCUAUUCUAUGGCAUCUCAAAGCAGUGGCAACUCUCCAAUGUCUGUGCACCGGCCCAACCAAAACUCUGCCUCUUUGUUUGGCUGGUCGCAGGUCAACAAAGGUUCCUCAAUCUAUUCCAGCAAGAGAUCUUUACUACCAGACCACCUGAUGGAGGCCAGAGAGAUGAUGAGCCAAGCCCAGGGCCAUCAUAGAGACCUGAUCCAGAGUGUUGAAGGCUUGUCUGCGGUCCCUGGUCUCUCCCCAUUAGACCCUGAUCUGCUUAUGCUAAAAGCUACUUCCAUGGCCACCAUGAACUGCCUCCACGAGUGCCUGCACAUCCUCCACCUGCAGCAGGUGGCCAGGCAGAGAAGCUCCCUGGGAGGACCCACUAUCGAGUGGCUGGAGCCUAAACUGCCUGACAUCCUAAAGAACGGCAGCAGCUCCCUGGGCAGCUUCCCAGCAGGAGACGGUCCACUGGAGGGGAGCCAACUAGAUCUCAGCAUACCAGAGCCCUGCAACUUCUCUGGGGAACAAGAGGACAUAAAUGCAGAGGAUGAGCUGGAGGACGUCUGCUCGGACAAAGAGGAAGACUUGGGUGCUGUGGAGGAGGAGCGUAGCGUAAUCCUACACCUGCUUUCUCAGCUGAAGCUAGGAAUGGACCUUACACGGGUGGUCCUCCCCACCUUCAUCCUGGAGAAGCGCUCUCUGCUGGAGAUGUACGCCGACUUUAUGUCCCACCCGGACCUCUUUGUAGCUAUCACAGACGGCAGCAGCGCAGAGGACCGCAUGAUCCGCUUUGUGGAGUACUACCUCACCUCCUUCCAUGAGGGCCGAAAGGGUGCCAUUGCCAAGAAGCCCUACAACCCCAUUAUUGGUGAGACCUUCCACUGCUCCUGGAAAGUACCCAGACAACCAGAGACCUCCAAGGACUCAUCGCAGGGCAGCCUGGACCCAGCUCCUUCCCAGGAUCCAUACCAAGUGCGCUUUGUGGCCGAACAGGUCUCCCACCACCCCCCUGUGUCAGGCUUUUAUGCUGAAUGCCAGGAGCGGCGCAUGUGUGUGAACACGCACGUGUGGACCAAAAGCAAGUUCAUGGGGAUGUCUAUUGGCGUCUCCAUGAUAGGUGAAGGCUGUCUACAUCUGGUGGAGCACGAUGAAGAGUACAUCUUCACGCUGCCCUGUGCAUAUGCUCGCUCCAUCCUCACUGUUCCAUGGGUGGAGCUGGGUGGAAAAGUCAACAUCACUUGCGCCAAAUCUGGCUACUCAGCAGUCAUCACUUUCCAGACUAAACCUUUUUAUGGUGGCAAACUCCACCGAGUAAAUGCAGAGGUGAAGCACAACCCGACCAACGCGGUGGUGUGUCGCGUGCAAGGCGAGUGGAACGGCGUUUUAGAGUUCAGCUACACCAGCGGAGAGACGAAGGUGGUCGACGUCACCAAGCUGCCAGUUACCAAGAAGCAUGUUCGUCCAGUCGAGAAGCAGGGACCGACUGAAUCCAGACGCCUGUGGCAGCACGUUACCGAGUCCUUGCGGCAGAAGGACAUCGACAAGGCCACAGAACACAAGAGGCUCCUAGAGGAGAGGCAGCGGACUGAAGAGAGGCACCGUGCUGAGACUGAAACUCCUUGGAGGACCAGAUACUUUGACAAAGAGGGUGAAGGCUGGAUUUAUCACAAGCCACUUUGGAAUAACUCUGCGUUCAAACCCUAGUUUAUUGAGUCUGCAGCUGGGAUGUAGUAAAUUCUGGAUUCAGGAAUGUCUAUAUGAGAGUUGAUGGUUAUGGAAUGAGAUCAUAACCUGCACUGACGUACAGAGGAUGCAAUAUGUGGAAAGGACAGAGCAGCCGUCUGCCAGGAGGAAUCCUUCUUCACAAAGCCUCGAGGUACAAAUGUUUGUACUUCAGAUUUUCCUUUUUUUUUAUACAUAUUCCAAUGUCUAUGAAAACAUAUUCUUGUACAGGUAACGAUACUCAAUAUACAUGGCCUUAAGACAGUUCUGGGUUCUGCUGAUUACUGUUUUUUUUCCCUAUUGUUUUUCAUUCUUUUCUUUAGUUAUCAUACAAUGGUGAAUUGUCUUUUCAGUAGUUGGAAUGCUGCCUGCUAAAUUUCACGCUGAGUCGGUGUAAAGUUGCUCUAAAUUCAUUUAUGCUAAGAACAGAACGAUUCCCAACACUAAAACCGAAUCUACUUCCGCUGCCAUGGAGUAAGUUUGCAUGCACACAAUGUUCCGCUGUGUUUGAGUAGAUGAUUGUUUGAGGCAAUAAAUUAAUAAAAAUACUUCACAGUUUUCUUUUUGAUUUUUAAAGGAGUCUAUUCCAGCCUGUUUUUGGUCGUGUGUAGUGAAUCUGCUGUUUUUGGUCGUGUGUAGUGAAUCUGCUGCCUCUGCCAACCGCUGACUGGCUGAAUCUGUGAAACGAAAGUCUGGUGUCUUCGAUAGAGACACAGUGUCAAACACUAAAUCCCUGCUCUGAGGUUCUAGAAAGCAUUAAGCCUCAAACCACUGGAGCCACCGGUGUUCAUUUGGCUGCAAAAAGAUGAGAUUAUAGACUCAUCUCAAUUUGUAAAAUCAAUUUCAAAACCCUUUUAAGAUAAUAAAUUGUGUGCAUUUAGAUUAAUAUGCAACUGAAGUGAAUUCAUGCAGUUUACCUUUAAAUCUUAAUAUCAUGGUGAAAGUUUGUUAAUAUUGACCCAAAUGUGGAAUGGCAUGUUAACCAAAUUUUACGUAAUCCGUUUGAAUACCCCACUCUGUCUCUCUCCUUCUCACUUGGUUUUACUGUGAAGGUAAGAGUUUCUGCAUGAAGGCAGCGUCUGUACUAUUACUCCCGUGUCUGCAUUACUUCACCUGAUUGUCUAAUGUGAAAGCUUUUAACCAAACCUGCUUGUUUUGAAUGCGUGUUUAACUCUCGUCUUAUGCUUUAACUGCUCUUAUUUUCAGAGCAGCGCUUUGUAUAGAAAUGUUUAAAUGAGAUUGAAAUGUUUAAAUUCUUGUUCCAUCAGUGUUUUUGGAAACCGAUCUAACUCCUAUACUGUGAUGUACGUUUGUUUUUUCCCACUCUCAUUAUGGAUUCCCUACAGAAACAGGACUCCACUGUUCCUCCGUUUAUAAGCUACUCCCUCCAAAUCUUUGGUGCCUUAUGUAAACUCUGUGUCUUCCACUUAAGGGGCACGUCAUUCACUUCAGUUAUGUACCUGACUGAUGCAAUGGUGGAUGUAUUACAGUACUUCUGUGUGUGUGAAUGUGUGUUAUGAUUCUUUGUUUUUGCUUUUGAAGAAUCAGUGCUUGAUGAUGUUGAGAGGCUGGUUGAGCACUUUUCUCAUAGGUUGUGACAUUUUCUCUUCUGGAUGUCUAUCCUAUGAAACAGUGUGAUAUGAUAUGAAAUGCACUGACACUGCUGGAAAUCUAAUGUACAAACAUGGAUGUGUGAUGAUGAUGAUAAUAAUCAAAUAAAUUGUGUACACAUUG